GAUCUACAACUACCCUCAGACAACAUGAAGUCCUACUCCGCUAUCAGCCUCGCCGCCAUGGCCUCCACCGUCGCCGCCCACGGCUACAUCCGCUCCCCUGCUCCCCGUAUGCCAGGUGAUGCCAUGAAAGCAGCCUGCGGCCAGCAAAUUUUCAACACCUUCAACUCCGACAUCAACGGCAACAUGCAAGGUGCGCUCCAGAACCCAGGCCCCGACUUCGACGCCGCAAAGUGCAACAUCUGGACCUGCAAGGGUAUGCAGUUUGAAGACAACACCGCAAACGUGCAGGCCUGGACUGCUGGAGAGAAGGUCCCAAUGGUCGUCAACAUUGCUGCUCCCCACACUGGAGUCGCGAAUGUGUCUAUCAUCGACACUGCUGAUUCUUCCGUCAUUGGCGAGCCGCUUAUCAGCUGGGAUGUGUAUGCCUCGACGGCACGUGGAACCCAGGCCAACGAGACAAACUUUGAGAUCACUAUCCCCAGCGACUUGGGCGGAAAGUGCGCUGAGGCUGGCGCGUGUGCCCUCCAGUGGUGGUGGGACUCGCGUGAGGUCGACCAGACAUACGAGGGAUGCAUUGACUUCACUGUCGGUGGAUCCGGUGCCGCUCCCGCUCCCGUUGCUUCGUCUUCUGCUGCUGCUGCUCCUGCUGCUUCUUCCUCUGCUGCUGCUCCGGUUGCUUCAGCUUCGGCCCCAGUCACAUCUUCUGUCGCUGCUGAGCCUGCUGCUACUACCACCGCUGCUGCUGCUGCCAGCUCUGCUGCCCCUAGCUCCGCCGCUCCUCAGCCCACUACUCUCGCUACCUCCGCCCGUCCAGCUCCUUCCACUGGUGCUGACUCCGGUGCUGUUUCUGGUGCUGUUGCUAAGUACGGACAGUGUGGUGGUAAGGAGUACAAGGGUGCUACUUCUUGCGCUGAUGGCUGGACUUGCAAGGAACAGAACCCUUACUACAGCCAGUGCAUUUCCCCUUAAAUGUGGAAACAGAGAUCAUAAGCCC